UUUAAUAAAAACCGUUCAGUAACUAUUUUGAAUCCACCUAUUUCAAACCAACAGUUCCCAGCCAAUCUACGAUAAUGCGGAUCUCAACUCUCGUUUCGACCUUGGCAACCAUCGCUCUCUCUUCUGCCCGGAUUAUCGGUCUCGCGGCACCUUCUACGCUGAAGCCUGGCGAUCCUUACGCCUUCAAGCUCCUCACCGAAAACUACAUCCAAAGCGUUUACGACGUUUCCGUUGCUUGGGGUUAUUCGGCCGCCCCAGGACACUUGCAAUCUCUAGGCAGCUCCGUCGGCUCUGCCUACCUUGGAUCAUCUGUAUCCAACACGCUCAACAAUAUUACGAUAUCUGCUUCUGCGCCGUCUGAUUUAGGAUCUUUGGCUGGGGAUUCGAAGAAGGUGGUGCUAAGCGCGGCUGUUUACAGCCUGUAUGGUGCAUCGUCCAUGCCAACUAUCGCGAACUUCAAUGUGACAAUUAAUGUUGGAGAUAGCACAAGCUCACAGUUUACGAGGAAUAAUGGAUUUACAUGGGGCACUUCGUCUGACUGUCAAUGA